UGUCCAACAUGGCGGCGGCGGGCUGCGUACUCCACAGAACCCUAACCCGGUCCCGGUCCAGGUCCGGAUCAAACCAGGAGUCCUCGUCCUCUCCCGCCGUCUGCAGGGACUUCCUGUCCGUGGUGGACCUGCAGCGCUACAGCAGAGACCAGGGCUCGUCCGUCUACUUCCCCCAGGCGGUGCUCAGCGGUGAAGACCUGUACGACGUCACACUGACGGAUGGCGACUGCCGGCUUCAGGUGACUCUGGAUCCUGGUCUGAACCGGCUGGUGGAGAGGAACGUCCUGCGGCCGGGAUCCACGCUACGCAACGCCACCUUCGCCCUCGCCAUGAGCGCUCAGCACCCAGCAUGCCCCGGGGCCUCUGCGGAGACAGACAGCUACCGACUGGAGAGAGCGGAGGUCAGAGGGGACGACGAGGACGAUGGAGACCGGAGGUUUGAUGUGGACGUGGACUCUCUGCCCUGGUUUGGAUCCUCAGAUGCUGCAGGUCCUUUGGUUCCUCUGAGAGCCAAUAGGAGUGUGUUUCUCCCUCAGUGGAACAAUGUGGACUACAGUGGGGAGGUGUGGAGGGAAGCCCCGCCCACUGAGGAAGAGGCGGCGCAUGGAGAUGAAGAGGAGGAGGAGGAAGAGCAACGACCUGCUGUGACGGUGUCGGAUCUGCGUGACCACUUCCUGUCUGGUCAUAGGGGCGUGGCUAGGGGCGCCGUCCAGCAUCGUCUGAUCAUACGCAUCAUCAACAAGUCACACCUGAUGUAUUAUGGGAGAACCGACCGAAACUGUGAAUGUCCUUAUAAGGCGGUGUUGGAGGUGUGCGACCGGACUGGAGGUGUGUGUGUGGUGCUGUGGAACAGUGUGUGUGUCGACUGGUAUCAUCAUCUGAAGCCAGGUGAUGUCAUCAGCCUGAGACGCUAUCGAGUCAAACGGCAUUACCAGGCUGAGCUGGAUGAUAUAGAGAUCAGCGUUAACAGCAGGAACCCUGCUGCUCAGAUAUCUGUUCUCCCAGAAUCCUCAGUUUCACCCGAGUAUCUCCCACCUGCACCAACCUACAGCUUCUACAACAGUAAGGAUCUCCUGGACCGUCCUCACAGCGCUGAGUGCGAUGUGAUUGGCCUGCUUACAUUCACAGGACGAGCAGAGCGAAUCAGGAGCAAGGAUGGUCGAGGGGCGGAGCUUUUAGAGUAUCGCUGGCUGCGAUUGGAGGAUGGGACCAGCGAUCAGCCAAUCCACGUGAAGCUCUUCUCCACGUCUCAACCUGAAACGCACCGCAACCUCCACCCGUUGUCUGUGGUCGUUUGUACGAGACUGAAGUUGAUCAAAUCUGCAAAUCAAAGUCACAGCUGCUGCUUCCUGACAAACACCAUCAACACUCAGGUGUACUGCACAGGACUGGGCCACCACUCAGAGAUGAGUUACCGUAAACUCCGGCCAGUACGCCAGUUCCUUCAGUGGCUGAGGAGCCAGGAUGACGGACAGGUGCUGAGCAGGGCUCUGAUUGGAGGAUUCUUCAUGUACCCACCUCCUCCGGUCACCCUGGAGACUUACAUGAAGGAUCGAAGAGGUGAGCCAGGUUUCCUCAGAGGGGCGGAGCUUCAGAGGGAGCUGGAGAGGCUCUGUUAUCGGGAGAGACGCACCUUCUGCAUCCAGGCAAAAGUAACCAUGGUUGCGUACAGCCGCAGAGGAGAGGAGGACCGCUCUUUGCUCUGGACGGACAGAGCUGCAUCUGGCUCCUCCUCCUUGUCCUCCCCUCGUCUCCUUACCACCUCCUCUCACCCGUCUCCCUCUCCGUCCCUCUCCUCCACUUCCUCCCUCCAGCCUCUCCCCUCCAGCCCUCAUUCCUUCAGACCUCCUCUCUCCCCCUCCUCCUCGUCUUUAUCUCCAUCCUCUCCGUCCUCCGCCCUCAGUCAGCUGGCGCCUCGUCCUGUGGACCUCAGAGCAGCGAAGUCGUGUAAGAGGAAACUGCUUCUUCAUCCUGACACUCCGAAGAGGAGACACCCGUGGGUCACACUACAGCCAGAACAAAACGACAACACAGUCAUCCUGUUCGAAGCCUCCAUGGAGUUUCUAGAAAACUCAAAUGCUGAUGAAGACGAGGACGACAGCGAUGAAGAUGACGCCUCGUCCUUCGUCACCGCUCCGCUCUUUCCCGACCUCCCAGCCGUUGCCGAGGAGACACUGCCGAUGCGUUACGACCACGCCAGCAGGAAGGAGCAGGCUGUCGUCGUGGCGAUGGGAGGGAGGGCGGACCCUGGGAGGUUUGACCCCGCCUUCGAUGACUACUACACACUGAGACUGAGAGCUCUGUCAGAUUCUGUGUCGGUCGACGUCGUCUUCCUCCCUCAUUCCUCUCCUCCCGUCCUCCCUCACCCCAACACCUGGACCUCCAUCUUAUCCCACGGGGCCUUCUCUUCACAUGGACCUCCACCUUCACCAGCUGACCUCAUCGUCUUGGCGUCCCAACUGACCAAUCAGAGGCUGGUGUGCGUCCUGGAGGCGUGUCACCUGGGGGGAACCAGAACUGAACUUAUCCUGAGCCGAGCGUUUCGGCUGCCCAGCUAACACACACACACACACACACACACACACACACACACACACACACACACACACACACACACACACACACACACAGACACAGACACAGACACAGACACAGAAACACACACACACACACACACAUACAAACACACAGAUGCCUGAUGGAAGUUUUUUAUAACUUAUUGUUCUUAAAGUUCAGAUAUUGGAUAAGUAUUUCUAGUUAUUUAUAACAACAGACACUGAGACACUUUACUAGAUGUUGUGAGUUGUUGUAAAAACAACACUGACUUCAUCCGCAGCUAUAUUAGAGUUUAUCCAGAAGUCAGUGGAACUCUGCCAUUGGUGUAAUACUAAAAUACUAUUAGUAGGAGUAUGUGAAGUAUUUGAGAACUGUAGAGAUGUUGUGUUUACGUAUGAAUAAUUUACGUAUUUAAAAGCAAAGGCCACAGAAUUGGUAUUAUUAUCAUUAUUAUAUUAGUAACAUCACUUAAUUUCAUCGGGUCAUAUAAAAUACUCAGUCAUUUAACAUAACACUCAACCAAUUGUUUAAAAAGUAUAGAAACAAUAGAAUUCAGUAUUUUACAUCUGUUUGUGAAGAGAAGGUUUAAUAGAGAAAUAAAGUCUUGAAAUUUACAGUAAAAAAAUAUUUUUUAACUGAAACUUGAUUUAAUACUAAUAUAUUAAUGAUACAUUUCAAACUCUGUAAAUUCUUAUUCUGACCAUGGUCGUGUUUUCAUGUUUCGUGUUCAGACACUUAAACUUCUGUGUGAUUCAAAAGAAGGGAAAGUUUUCUUAAAGUGACAUUUUAUUGCCAAAACGUUUGUGGUUGUCGCCACUGUUCGGACAUCUGGAUGUUUGUUCCUGUUGAUCUUU